AGUCAGACCAAACGGUUCAUUACACCUUUGCUGGAGUGGAAUUGUGGUAUUUAGCCAUUAUCGCCCACAUACAAAUAUACGUUUACAAGUGGAAAAAGAAAUUUCGGGUUGUACAAAGGCAAAAGAAAUUAUUAAGCAAUCCUCACGUAAUAAAUUUUCAAUUUCUCCAUUGUGCUUAAUAUUAUGUUGUUUUUUGUUUCGAGUACAUAAUAUUGCACUAAAAUAUAAACAAAAAUAGAUUGUUUGGGAAAUAGGCGAAAACAACGCAAAUACCACGGGAAAAAUUACUACACAAAUGUACAGUUGUACGUAUGUACACAUACUUAUGUAUGUAGCUAACAAAGCCAGUUUCCUGUGACACAUUAAAAUAUCAGACAGUUUGCGUCCAAGAAUAAAUAUUUGAGAACUAUUCCUACUUCCUCACGCACACAUUAACAAAGGAAAAAUAAGAAUACGCGUCAAAUAUCCAAAGUAAAAACACCAAGUUAAAAUAUGGACCUCUUAACAAAAUAUCGUCCCGUCAAGAGUUUGGAGUUUUAUCAGAGGAAAAUUGUCCGAUUUAUUCAUAGUUCCGAAGGCAGUGAUGACCUCAGGUCACUGGGUGUUCCUUAUGGAGAACUAGGAUUUGAUUCACCUCUUCACUUCAUACGUUGCGUCCCGACAGAAAUGUGUGAAGAGUAUGUAUGUGACAAGCUAUUUCAACGAAUGGACAAGACCUUGCGAAAAGGGAACCGAGUUUUUCUGAGCUCUACUGAUGGAAAAAUUCAAAGUGCAAUUUAUAAAGGCCAAAAAUGUGCACAGGGUGGACAGAUGGAAGCAAUUUUGGAUGGCCAUCGAAACACAUAUCCUGUAGACACCGUAAUACCUUACAAAGCGUUCUUGAGAAAAAAUAUCGGAGCGAUGUUGAUUGAUGGACCUCAUAAAAUAAUUGGAACAAACAUUCAAUAUUUGGAGCCAAAAUGGGAGGUAGGAGACGCAAUUUACUAUAAGCCGUCCAAACGGUGGGGAAUAAUUGAGGAUAGGGAUGUUGUAAGGGGAAAAGUAUUUUGCGAAAUAAAAUUGGAAAAAACAAAAGUGAAGAAAGAAAAAAUAUUGAGAAUGCCCCUUUGGGAACUUAUGGCCGAUGCAGUUCCUUAUCGAACGCCAAUAAUCCCCAGAAACAAUGCAGUCAAAGUUAAAGAUCCACCACCACCAAUAAUUACUACAAGGACACAAGACGAAACUUCUCACCAAAAUGUGAACAACAAUAAAGAACACCAAAAAUUGGAAAUAUUGCCCUCCGUGAUGGCAGACCGUAGCGAUAAUGAUUCCAUUAACAGGAACAAACUGACUAAGCAAACUUCCAAAGAGUCCGAGAGUAGCAAAGAUAUCAGUUUCAGGAAGUCAUCUUCCGACGAAAGCUCUUCAAUAACCACAAUUGUUACUGGUACCGAUAAAGAGAAUGAAGCAAUCCCAACGAGAGGCGACACCACUUCAACGUCCAGCUUCAAUGAUACAAAUGUUUUGAUUGAUUUGCACAAUUCCCCAAAAUUAGUUCGAUCUGAAACUUCAAGGACUCCUGAUGAAGAAAGUAAUCCAAAUUCUACAAGUAUUACUGUACGAAGAAAUCCAUCGCGAACUAUGCGACCACUCACAGAGUACUUUCACUCUCAGUCUGUCGAAAUACACGAUGAUUAUCAACCAGUGAGUUCAUCUGGUCCGGAUUUAAAGGCUAAAAGUUUCAAUAACUUGAACAGCCAAGUAUCAGAGGAAGAGGAGUUUACGCUUGAAAACUAUAGUUCCUCAUUAAGAAAAAGCGCCCGAAAUGUGCUAGCGAAACAAGUCGCUGAAGUUGCUCGUCGGAAUCAGAUGAAAAAGACGAUAUCUUUGUCUACAGACAAUUUGCAUGCUUUCGGUGAUCACCCGGCGACAACCACUCCACAAGUUUCACACGUCUCAGUUUCGGACAAUGAUUAUCAAAUUAGAAAUCGACCCAGAGAUGAUCAACAGAUUGAGCCAGCCUCAACAACCAGCAUCUCCACUUCUGCCAACGACACUUCUGGGACUGACUCACCUCCACCACCCCCACUUCCGUCCUCACCCCCGCCCGUAGAUCAUCAGCAAGAGCAACAGGUGAUGAUGAUGAUGGGGAGUGACAAUUAUUCCACAUUUCUCGUUAAACGACCCUCUGCUUUCGACAAAACAUGUCCUGAAGUAAUUCCCAGGAAUUAUGAAAACAUGCAGCCCAAUGUAAAUUUUCGAAGUGGCUCUUGUUCAAUGGUUCCAGAAGUAUCGAGCUCUGGAUAUGAGAUGAAGACCAGCAGAGAUCGCAUCGGUGGUGGUAGCUUAUCCAGUUAUCACGAGAGUCACAAUCAUGACGAAAGUGAGUUUCCAUCUCGGUACUUUCACCACCAUGCUAUCUCCGUGCCAGCAUUUGACAUCCCAUCACAAUCUUCCUCCUCCAUGACGCUUCCAACAGAGUCCAAAAAUUAUGUCAAGAAGCCCGACCAUAAAAAACAGGUGUCUACAACUGAAAGACAAAGAUACAAGAAGAAUCCGUCAAGCCUGAGAAACAAGGUGAAAUCUGUUCCAAAUAUUUCGGAUGAUCGUCCAACCUCAGAGCCACCACUCCCAAAACCAUUUACUAUUGCAAAUAUUCAAUCUGCCGUCGGUAAAGGCAAAGGUAUCCAGACUGGUUAUCACUCAAAUUACGCAGAUGUCAGCUUGUUCGCACUGUUUUACUGCUCCAGCAUUUUUGAUGGCCUUUUGACCAAGGAGGACGAACAUACGGAUCGAGCCAUGAAGAAAGAAGUCAAAAAAAUUAUACGAAACAAAAUUGUUACACCUCUUCGACGCACUGCAUUCUGUAGCUGGGAAAAUGUAUGUCAUCUUCGAGAAGCUCUACUUCCACUAUCAUCAAAAUUAAAUUCUUCCUUCAUGGAUUCUGAAGAGUUCUUGUAUUUGCUCUUCGAAAAUGCCCUCAACACCCCAGAGUUUAUCAAAUAUUCAAAUGGGACAAAGGAAUUUAUGCAUCAAAUCAUUGUGAAGCCGAAGGACCGAUCCCGAUGCCAAGAUGUCCAAUUUCUCCUAGAAACUAGCAUGGAAAUCAACAAUUCAUUGUUUAAAGAACUUCCAUCUCCAGCCUUGAUGCUCUGUAUGCCUCGGUGCAACGGGCGUUUGGUUUAUUACGAAGCCAUCGUGCCCAGUAUGCGACUCAACAUUACUCCGUUGUUGGAUAAAGGUCCAAAGAGAUGUUUAUGCGAAAUGGCUGCUACAUUUGAAUGUGCUGUUUGCUACAAGACGUACGGGGAGGUGGCUUUAGCAUAUUGUCAAACGUGUCAAAGGAUGUCGGAGCAAAUCCAUUUUCACAUGGGGCACAAUCCUGUGUUGGUGCCAAAGCUUCAGAAAAACGUGACACUGAGUUUGUUGGCCGUUAUUUGCAUCAAAAAUUGCCAUUACAGUACUUUUGUAAAAACAGGAGUGGAUACGUAUGCUCCGUGGUUGUAUUAUGAGGCUACAUCAAACGAACUGCCCCAGGUUCAAUUGCUAGAUGACUUUGGUCGAUGGCUGGACAAGUUGGAAAGAGAACCAGGAAGAUAUCGCGAAUUAGCCAAGACGCAUUUGUAUCUCAAACGAAUCAUUACCGAAAGCCAUAUUUGCGUCUACUAUUCUCCAGAAGGAGACAAACGUAAUGGAGAAAGUUUCUUGAUUUGAAUUAAUGUUUUUGCCAUUUUAUACAUUGUACAACUCCUUCUAUUACAUACUGGUUUUUUAUAGUGAAUAAAAAUUUAUUGCGAAUCACUCUACAA